AUGAAUGUGCCACUCACACUGCACCACCAUGGUGCGGGACCAAGCUCACACUCAUCUCACCGUCCGUUGAUCACACAGCAACGCCUGGUCGGCGCUUCGAGUUCCAUUCCCGCCGACUUUAUCCACAACGAGUUUAGCUUCGAGCAGCACAUCAAGGACAGUCUCAACGUCAAGCUGGACAACGACGCGCAGCUAUGUCCAGAUUACUCGGAGAGGCUGCAGUGUCCUCGCGGUGCCUCAUGUCCACGUCGACAUGUCAAGCCGAGCCAUCUCAACUUUCUGCCGCAAGGGUCGACAGCGCUACGUGAUCCCAACAAGCGCACCGUCUGCAAGCAUUGGCUUCGAGGACUGUGUAAGAAGGGCGACCAGUGCGACUACUUGCACGAAUACGAUAUGCGAAGGAUCCCCGAAUGUAGAUUUUACGCCACGUUUGGAUUCUGCAACAGCGGCGAUGACUGCCUCUAUCUUCACGUUGACCCCGCCAUCAAGAGGAGGGAGUGCGAAAAGUACAAUCGAGGCUUCUGUCCCAAAGGCCCCCUCUGCGCCAAGAAGCACAUUCGUCGCGUUGCAUGUCCGCUCUACCUCACUGGUUUCUGCCCACAGGGGCUCGAGUGCCCACGCGGACACAUCAAGAGUACACCACCCUCGAGCGCAUCACGGUCCAAUUCACCUAUCCUCACACAUCGACCCUUGACAGCGGCAGAAGCGUUUGGCAUGGGAGGAGGUCGCGGCGACGAGUAUGCAGACGGCGGAGGGAUGCAGAGGAAUCGUGCUCCGCCUGGACGUUAUGGAAUGCCGGCUGGAGCAGGGUUCGCUGCACGUGGUGAUGAUGCGGCAGGACGCGCACCCAUGGGCUACGGCAACAAUACGAACACCAUGCCAAGAAGGCCCAACAACGGAUUCGGCCCCCAAUCGCAGGGAGCACAAGACGGAGGACGUCCUGGAUGGCGAAAGGAUCUGUCCGAAGUGCUCUGCUUCAAAUGCGGAGAGAUGGGUCAUUUUGCCAACACGUGUCCCAACCCAGCACUUCCAGGCAAUCGUGGAGGCGUCGAGCGUGGCCCAGGAGGCCAACAACGUCAAAGAGAUCGACCGCGACCAUACUAG